UUCUCAACGGACGGUCUGGUUGUUCUAGAACCAUUUCGCCGCCGCGAACAUCGAUAGCCGCCGCCGCCGCGAACAUCGAUAGCCGCCGCCGCCGCGUCGAGGCGAAGACAUGUCGAAGACACUGGUGCAACCAGUAGGUCAGAAGAGGCUGACGAACGUAGCAGUGGUUCGCCUCAAGAAACACGGCAGCCGAUUCGAAAUCGCGUGCUACAAGAACAAAGUCCUGUCUUGGCGCUCUCGCGUAGAGAAAGAUUUGGACGAAGUGUUGCAAUCUCAUACUGUUUAUUCAAAUGUUUCGAAAGGUGUUCUUGCUAAGUCAAAAGAUUUAGUGGCAGCGUUUGGGACAGACAAUCAAACUGAUAUAUGUUUGGAGAUUUUGGAAAAAGGAGAACUUCAAGUUGCUGGGAAGGAAAGAGAGUCGCAAUUAUCGAGCCAAUUUAGGGAUAUUGCUACUAUUGUUAUGCAAAAGACUGUUAAUCCUGAAACUCAGCGACCUUAUACGAUCAGCAUGAUUGAGCGACUAAUGCAUGAGAUACAUUUUGCCGUCGAUCCAGGCAGCAGCUCUAAGAAACAGGCACUAGAAGUGAUUCGCGAGCUUCAAAAGCAUUUUCCCAUCAAACGUGCUCCCAUGAGAUUGCGACUGACUAUCCCUCAGCCGAAUAAAUCCUCUCUCAUGGAAAAGAUCGAUUCCUGGAAUUCCACCGUCGCCUCAAGAGAUGAAUCGGGAAAUCAGUUCUCCAUUGUCUGUGAAUUGGAGCCAAGCCUAUUCCGCGACUGCGAUGCUCUGGUGCGAAAUCUGCAGGGACGACUCGAUAUCCUGGCAGUGAAUGUGCAUUUAGACACCGACACCCACGUCGACAAUUACGAUGAUAUGGAAAACGAGCCCGAGCCCGUACAGAAAGAUUUUCCCGACAACGUAUCCCACCUGAGUGAGAAGCUGCAGAGUCAAGACAUUUCGUCCAGAGCCGGAAGCUCACAGGGAGACAGGAAGCAGCAAAAGUGCAGCACUUGCGAUGCAUUUUUCGGCGACGCGAAACAGUACCGAGAGCACUUCAAGAGCGAUUGGCACAAGCACAACCUUCGAAGAAAGACCCGGCAACUCCCGCCGCUCACCGCUGACGAAUGCUUGGCCGAUUUGGAGCUUGGCGACACCAAAUCCGACUUGAAAGACUAUUCUUUCUGAUUGCGAAUCGAGUUUGUUCAUUACUUCGUGUACCUUUGACAAAAUUCUAUGAUUGAACUCAGCAUAAAAUUGGCACA